AUGGCGCCCUCUCGUGGCAACUUUCCAAGAGUCAUAAUGUCCAGUGAGGUGCAGCCCAGGCCGGACGACAGCCCCAACACCAGCGGGGGCAGCUCGGACGCGGAGCAGAGAGAAGCGGCCCCACAGGAGCAGCCGGGCCAGGAGCAGAGAGACCAGGCUCCACCCAAGAAGAAGGAGGCCAAGAUCUCCAGCAAGACAGCCGCCAAGCUCUCCACCAGCGCUAAGAGAAUCCAAAAGGAGCUAGCAGAGAUCACCCUGGACCCGCCUCCAAACUGCAGCGCCGGCCCCAAAGGAGACAACAUCUACGAGUGGAGGUCCACCAUCCUGGGGCCCCCCGGCUCUGUGUACGAGGGAGGAGUCUUCUUCCUGGAUAUCGCCUUCACUCCAGACUACCCCUUCAAACCUCCCAAGGUGACGUUCCGCACCAGGAUCUACCACUGCAACAUCAACAGUCAGGGAGUGAUCUGUCUGGACAUCCUGAAGGACAACUGGAGUCCUGCCCUGACCAUCUCCAAGGUCCUGCUGUCCAUCUGCUCCCUGCUCACCGACUGCAACCCUGCUGACCCUCUUGUCGGGAGCAUCGCCACACAGUACCUGACCAACAGAGCGGAACACGACAGGAUAGCCAAACAGUGGACCAAGCGUUACGCCACAUAG